AUUUUCAGUUGGCCACAAAUUUUGUUUACACAGCAGACAUCAAAAUAACAUGCUUUGGCUUAAAUUGUGUGACUGGCGAAUGUAAAUACUGUUUUGGUAGUGUUUCUUCAUUUGUUGCAAAUGUGCCUUUUUAUGAAAACGUAACGAUGUUGUUUAAAUGAGUAAAACAUGUUUAUAAACACUAAUAUGGGCGACGAUUACGGUGCUACUUCAAAGCUUUUUAACACGAAAGUGUUAUUAGGAUUGGUGGCAGGAGCAGGGUUUUCAUAUGGGCUUUAUAAACUGAUAUUUUCUGGUGGAAACCGUGGGAAGAAACGCGAAUUUAGAACAGGAGGAGAUGCCGCCUGGAAUAUUUCCAUGCAACCAGGAAGUUUACUGGAGCGAGUAUCUGGAUUGCCGUUGGUUCAUGAAAAAAGCGAUUUGACAGCUAAUGGAUCAACAACAGAUGAACUGCUUUCAAAGUCUCCAAACAGCCUGGAACCACAGCAGCUGGAUAUGCUGCUUUCUUUGCUGCAGACACAUCCUGAUCCUUCUGCAAGAAUACAGGUUUUAGUCACUUUAGGUAACAGUGCUGCCUUCUCAGUGAAUCAGGACUAUAUUCGUAAAAUGGGUGGCCUUCAGAUCAUUGGAAACUUGUUGUCUGAUCCUGCUUUUGAUGUCAGAGUUCAGGCUUUGAAUGCCCUGAACAACCUGAGCAUGAAUGCCACAAACCAGGAACAAUUAAAGGUGUAUGUAAGGCAAGUUUUGGGGAUCAUAGAGACGUCACAUUUGAACUCUGACCUACAGCUGGCGGGACUGAGAAUGCUAACAAACAUGUCUGCCACAAAUAAUUACCAAUACAUGAUGAAGAGUUCCAUUACUCUGUUUCUGUCUCUACUGGUUGUUGGCAAUGUAACAUUACAGAUACAAGUUCUAAAAAUACUUGUGAAUUUAUCUGCUAAUCCAGACAUGGUGGAAGACAUUCUCCGAUCCCAGGCACCAGUCUCCCUGGUUCUGUUGUUCGACAGCUGCACCAACACAGAAGUUCUUCUUCGUGUGCUGACCUUUGUGGGGAAUUUAAAAGACUGGACGACUUCCACCCACAUAACUGAGAUUCUCAAACACAGCAAAGAUUCUCUCUACUCUGUGCUGUAUGGAGAUUCUUCUGAGCUCCAUCAGAAAAUACCAUUGUUACUGUCACACCCUGACGGAGAGGUGAAAAGCCAGGUGGCAAAGAUUAUGACCUAAGUAUUGUGAUAGUAAUAGUACAAUCAGUGCCUUCACACAGUGCCAGACUAGAAAUGUGUUUUUUUUCCUUCUCAAAACUGUAUCCACUAGAAAGAGUUGUUUCUUCUAAAGGACACUUAACGUGCAUAUUAAUCAUGUUCUGCUUGUUUUUUUAAAAUCAUUAAACAUGUAUAUGUAGUAAAUAUUGUAGGCAGUUGGCAAGCUAAGGUUUCAGGUUAACAACGUGGCAGAAUGAAAAUUCAUUUUGGUCCCUGGAUGGUGUUAUCUUGACAUUAAGUUUCUUUUUUGUUGCUGAAUGUGAUUGGGACAGCGCCAAGGUCUCAUCAUUCCCCUGGACUGCCAUUCGUGCCAUUGUGUUAGAGAUUAUCAAACUAAAAUAACUCAUUUUUAACUGUU